AUGGACUCUUCCUGUAUGAACUCGCUGAUCAGCAAUCAAGCAUUCGAACGUCUUGGCCUGGAAAGGCGCAACGCUAACAUUCUCGUUAACGGAAUCACUGAUGGGAAUCCCAGCAAGACAACAGGAGCAGUCACGCUGCAGAUAUCAUCGCGAUUCGACGACCGUGUCGUCAUCGUGGUGGAAGCCUUAAUACUAAAAAAAUUGGUUCCGGACCAACCGAGUCAACCGUUUGAAGUCGAUGCUGGUGCCUUAGCCGAGGCACCUCUCGCAGAUCCAAGCUAUAACAAGUGCGAACCGGGAAAGCUGUACGACGGUCGGGGUGUACCCAUAGCGCAAAACUCCGUCUUCGGCUACCUGUUUGGUGGCCACUUCAAUACAUCGCAUGCCGCUGAAGGUCGUGCGGUGCUCAGCUUAACGACAUCAUUGAACCUGGACCAAACGCUCCGGAAAUUCUGGGAGGUAGAGGAGGUGCCUAAAUCUAAACAGCUCACGCCGGACGAGUUGCGGGCUGCCGAACAUUUCCACUCCACCCUAUCCCGGAAUGAAUCAGGGCGAUACGUAGUUCGCUUACCCUUCGACCGUACAAAGCCAGAACUGGGCGAAUCGGCUACUGCUGCCAUCCGGCGGUUUAAGGCCAUGGAGCGGAAAUUCAGCAUCAAUCCAGAACUACAGCAUCAUUACCAGCAGUUUAUGACUGAGUAUUUGACUCUCGGUCAUAUGGAGAAGGUACCGCCUAGCGAGGUUGCGGUUGCACCAGAGAAAUCAUUCUAUCUUCCCCAUCACGCCGUGUGGAAGGUGGAUAGUACGACGACAAAAGAAGAUGCCGAUUACCUACGAAUAGUGUGGCGAAACAGUCCGGACCAGCCACUGGAACAUUAUCGUUUGCUGACCGUUACCUACGGUAAGGCGAGCGCAGCGUAUCAAGCUAUGGCGGCUUUGCGACGGGUCGCUGAAGACAACAAGGAAGAACAUCCGCUGAUUCCAUCGACGACGCCAAUCUCCUCCGUAAUGAAAUCACCCACGUUCUGGAGAGCGCUGGCUUUGUCCUACGAAAGUGGAGCUCAAAUGAGCCCCAAUUGUUGGAGUGCGGUGCAAUUCAAGACGAGUCCAUUCCGCUAA